CGAAGGACGCGAAGCACGGGGCACGCGGGGGAAUUUCAUACUACUUCGUCGCCAGAACCCGUCCAAUUGUCACAGCCACCCUUGCCAGACGAACUGCGGCGGCUCCAGGAUCCUGCAGGCAAGAGGGUAAAAUCGCAAGAAGAACCAACCUGCCCAGAUUCAACUGCAUUUUAUUCAUCUUGUUUGGAGAUAACCGUGGCCGUUCUUCCAGAAUACCUACAGAAGAAAAGUUUCAACUGUCGCUCUGCUCCAUCUCUGCAAUAUAACAUCUACUACCUGUUGCUGCUUGUAACAACGGAGGAGAAGAGUGGGAGACUACACCUUGCGACUCUUGGAUCUCUUAUAAACACACUGUAGGGAGCUGGAUUUCGCAAUCUUUAACCUUUUGCACACCAAGUGUGUUAUUUUGUCUAUGUCCAUUUUGGGAUAUUAGUGGUUUUACCAUAUCUAUAGUACACACGUUUUUAAAGUGCCUUACAACUGGUAUUAAUCCAGUAUUUGGGGGGUAUUCCAACGCCAGAGACUCCGAUCAGUGACUAUCAGAUAGACAGGCACAGGAUCUAUCUCUAUAUCCCGGUUUCACCAUGAGCCAAGGGGAUGUAUCAACUUGCUCUGCGCCUCAGAUCGUAUUCCAAGAGGCGGUGAAGCAAGGCAACACAAAGGAACUCCACUCGCUGCUCCAGAACAUGACAAACUGCGAAUUCAAUGUCAACUCCUUCGGGCCCGAAGGACAGACGGCGUUGCAUCAGUCAGUCAUCGAUGGGAAUCUCGAACUUGUAAAACUGCUGGUUAAAUUCGGAGCCGAUAUUCGAUUGGCGAACAGGGAAGGGUGGAGUGCCUUACACAUUGCCGCGUUUGGAGGACACCAAGACAUAGUCCUAUACCUCAUCACUAAGGCAAAGUACUCCUCUGGCGCACGGUGAUCUGCUACACUGCUGUCAGGUAAACACACGGAAAGCCAGGCUCUUGUAAAUUAGCGUUUCGAUCUAUAGUUGUGCCAAAUUAUAGCCUACAAAACACAGUGACUUCCCUUUCAUCAAAACCAAACGGGGGUCUCUCUCACUCGUGAGUCAAACGCCACAUGGUUCUUGUAUCCGCUUCAGCAUAAAAAACGCCAUUUUGUUGGGUUGGUACUAAAGCUUUUUCCUUGAACGUGUAUAAUAGAUUGGGACGUAUAAAAUAACCAAGCCAGUGUUUGGGUCCCGAGACCUGAUAGCAGCCUAGUUUUACGCAGCGAUAGACUUUCUAUAUAUUUUUUUGUCUCGGUUACAUUGAAACACUUCUUUAUUGGGCUUCGUAUUGAGGUGUCGCCUUGUAACCGCGGUGGUCACACACUUUUUUAAAUGAUUUUAUAUACUAAAAGAUGGCACUUGUUGCUGUAGCUGCAUGCUGGAAUAUAUGAAAGGGAAGAAAAGGUGAACACGGGAAAUGAAGGCCAUACUAUAUUUGGCUAUUAUUUCUUUUUAAAUUAUAGGAUUUGAUCUAUUUCAAAGAGCAGCAUUAUUAGGCCUAUAUAUAUAUUACACCCAACCGGCAUUUCCAGAUGUGUAAUCAUUGUAACAACUAUUGACUUAAUGUUGUUAAGUACUUUACACAAUAGCUUUACUUUGUUUCUUUAUAAUAAAAAAGUAGCUAAAUGCGCCCUGCCUUCUUCAAGCAGGCUGCUGGCAUGUAUCAGUGUCUUUUCAGGCCAGUGCGACCGCAGUGUCAAUGGUUAAUGUGAUAUAAACCGCUGCUUUCGCUUUGUAUCAAAACGUCAGGAAAGUGGCAUUUGGAAUUCACUUUAAUCUCCUUUCAGUAUUUUAACGAACAACACCCUGGUCAUCACUGUGAAUACAGGCUGGGUUCUAUUUAUGAAGGUACAUUGACCAGAUGCAUUUUGAAAAUACUGUGGUUAUUCUUUUCAAAUCAAAUCUGUUACGUUUAAGAAUAUUUAGGGUGACUUAUAAAGCUGCUUCAGACUCUAUGCUUAUCAUAGUAUAAACUAUCCUGUGUGGAGACCCCAUGUUACAAUAAGCCCAAAUUUGACCUUGCUAAAGAGAGACUCUUCUUUGUCCCUCAUUAACUUCUUGUUUGGUUUUAUUUGCCAACUACCUCGACUGUAAAGUAUUCAAACCCAUUGGACUCCUGCUCACUCCAAUAUGGGGAGUCACACACAUCCUUUAGCACAGUGGAUCCCAACCAUUUUUGGUUACUGUACCUGAAGUACCCCCUCAGGUGCAUUUUACCAGUAGGCCUAUGGUCUGAUGAGUCUUUUCAAGUACCCCCUGUUGAUAGACCACCCCCAGGGGUCCUAGUACCCCCCCCCCCCCCCUAGUUGGAAACCACUGAUCUAGCCUAUCCCCAAGCCUGCCUAUAGGCCAAAAAUAAUGCUCAUACCCACACAGACAUUUGAAGUAAUAGCUAUUUUAGCAGUAGGCCACAAGCCAAUGUUAUUUAACCCAGUGAUAUAGGCUAGGAGACAACUAUGGUGUUUCUUCUGCAAAGCAAUAAAUCAAGCCCGUUUCUUAUCUUCAUCUGGGAUGAAUUUAUUUCCCACACUACAACCAAACUUUAAUCUGACAAGCAAAGCGUUUUUUUUUGCCUUUCUGUGAAGGUAUGGUUGCAAACACACAUUGCCUUUUUUUGUUUUAUACAUUAUAUAGUCGUUCUGUUUGAAGUUUCUAUUUAGUCACAAAAAUUGCAUUUUAUUGCCUGACUUAUAAAUGCAGGGAGUUUUAUUGCACAAAAUGCAGAGCCUUUUACGCCCCCUGGUGCCUGUCCGGGUAACUGCAGGAGUUAAGGCCUAGAAAUAGUUACUACUGAGCAGGAGUAAAACAUUAUAUUACUCAUGUUAUGAUGACUAACAUCUACAUGACUAUUGCAGGAUAUAUAUAUAAAACAAAUGGUUUAAACUGCCUGCUGCAGUUUGAAAGUCAUGGCACCCUAAUGUUUGUUUCAAUGCUGCUUGUAUUAUAUUAGAUUUUACUCAAUGGCCAACAGUAAGUGAACGAAAAAUAUCUGAUAGCAUCACAGUCAUUCAAUGAAAAUCCGUGUGUGUGUGAGAGAGCACAUGCGUGCAUGAAUGAAUGUGUGUAUAUAUGUCUGUGUGUGCUGCAUUCAUCUGACUGUUGUGUCCUGAGUGAGUUGAGCUGUGUUCCCCUCCCUGGCCUGUGUGUGGCCUGCUCCUCUCCUCGAGUGUGUGGCUUUAUGUUGCUACCUGGGGUUCUUCCCUCCCUUCCACCAGGGAUGAAGGACUGUCCUUCCAUGUACCUGGAGAAGCAAACUAAAUGGAUUAGAAAGAAACAUCAAGGAAUAGAUUGGUUUUAGUGGAACAAAAAAAUAUGCAUCGCUUGUCUUAAACUUGAUAUUUUUUCUAUAUAUAUAUUUUAAAUAUUGCACUGACUGUUGUUGAUUAAGUUGACUUUUUAUCAAGUCAAAUUGUAUUGUUUUUCCGAAUAGAAAAAAAAGGAACACAACAAAAUACUAUUGUAUAAAAACAACUCCAGGUUGUAAUGUUUUGUGUGAACUUUGUGAAACAUUGUGUUAAAGGCAAAGAUUGUUUGAAUCUUUGAUCGGUUAUGUGUUUAUAUACAGAACCAGCCAAACGUUUGGACUCAUUCAAGGGCAGGUAUAAAGAGAAACCCUGGAGUGAGUGGCUGGGUCCUGACUUUUGACUGGUACUGUUUAUAUAUAAUAUGCUGAAUUAUCUUGGAGCACUUUCUUUUCUGAAGUGCUGUCCUCCUCCUCCUGUUGUUAUGAAAGGGGAAAAAUACAUUUGAUGGUAAGAUCAUUGUUACAAAAAAAAUUGCACAGCGUAUGGUUGUUCUACUCAAGUGUCAUAACAUUUAUGGCCCGAGAGAGGACGACUGGAUAGGUGUAAAUGAAUGAGAGAAAGUGCUGACGUUUAAAUAAAUAAAUUGGGCCGGGGCGUGUUCUGUUUUUGUUUUGCUUUUUUUUGAGCGAAACAAAAACAAAUGUCUGAGUUUAAUGAGUGAUGCUGAAGUUCCAUGGUGUUUUGAUUUUUUGUUUUUUUGUUUUUGUUCUGUAUUUUGUUUUUGAACGUUUGUAACACUGUGAUCAUGAUGUGUGUUGAGAAAAUGAGUGCUGUAAUAUUUUUGUACGUUUGUGUACAAGCCAGUAAAAAAAAAAUCUUUAAACUCUGUGUCUAUGCAUGUUUUU